GCGAACAUUGAACUCGAGAAUUCGAUAACUACACCGGUGUUUGUAGACGUCAUUGGAACGUAACUUUUAAAAACAGACUUGUUCUAUGCGCAUACUUCCGUGAAGCAGAAGCAUUUUAAUUGCUCUAAUUUCGUGAUUUGAUUACACGGUGAAUUAUUGCAGGUUUGUAGAGAGAAUCAUGGAUAAUGUGCGGAGUUGGUAGUGAGUGGAAAGAUUUAAAAUGGAAACUGAGUCUGUAAGGUCGGAGCUGAGUAGCCGAUCGCGGCGGAGUUCAAGACACCGACAGCACACGCAUCGUAGUACGCGAAGUUCCAAAUCUCAAAGAAAAGACUGCGGUGAUAACACAAUGGCACCUUUCCAAACUAGUGUAAACAUUAAUCCAGAAAUCGGAAGAGACGGUCAAGAGGUUAUCGAGGUUCAGAUCUUACCACAGGACGAAAACUGGGGGGAAAAUACGACAGCUGUCACAGGAAACACGUCAGAAGGCUCUCAGUCUAUGGAAGAUGUCAGUAAUUGGCCAAUUGAAUCUGAUAGCGGGUUGGGUUUUGUUUGUUCGAGAUAUUUUGGGACCACUGUAGCUUUAGGAUUGUCGUUUGUUUCUUUUGUGAGUCCGUUAGCAAUGGUUGUGUUACCGAAGUUGGGAUUUUUCCCAGGUCUAUCGGAGAAUAAGGCCAUUCAACCCAGUCAGAUAAUACAGCUACUCUCCUGCACUGCAGAGUGUAAAGGUAUAUUGCUGUCGUUAGCAUUUAAACUAGUUUUAUUAGCAAUCGGUAUAUGGGCUGUGUUUUUACGCCCCCGUAAUGCUAUAUUGCCAAGGAUAUUCGUGUUCAGAGCUAUGAUGCUUGUAAUUUUAGCAGUUUGUACAUUUUCUUACUGGCUUUUUUAUUUUGUGCAAAUAAAUGAAGCGACAAAAGCUCUAUCUGUUGGAGAGGAAGCUAUGGACUACACUUCUCUAGUAUCAUAUGUGUCUAGUUUUGGUGAUACGUUGAUCUUUAUACAUUACGUUGGGGUCGUUUUGAUGGAAAUACGACAUUUAGAACCAGUUUAUUAUAUUAAAGUUGUGAGAAGUCCAGACGGAGAAAGCCGGUCAUAUGCUAUUGGUCAAUUGAGUAUACAGAGAGCAGCAGUGUGGGUGUUGCAGAAAUACUACACCGAGUUUCCUAUAUACAAUCCGUACCUAGAGAAGAUUCCUAUAUCGAAAUCGCAAAGAAAAGCACAAGCUAGUAUAAAGUUCUACGAAGUGGACUCAAAUACAAAUACACCUUCAGGUCAGACAAGGUCGACGGGCGGCUCGUGUGCCGGCAGCGCGGGGCGGCGCCGGGACUCGGGCUCCGCGCACAACGAGCGCUACUACGAGGAGGCGGAGCGCGAGCGCCGCGUGAGGAAGAGGCGCGCGCGCCUGCACUGCGCCACCGAGGACGCCUUCGCGCACGUGCGGCGCGUGCGGCUGUCCGCCGGGAGCGGCGCGGCGCUGGGCCCGCGCGAGGCGGCGCAGGCGGUGUUCCCGUCGCUGGCGCGCGCGCUGCAGAAGUACCUGCGGGCCACGCGCCAGCAGCCGCGACACUCCGCUGACUCCGUAUUAGCCCACCUAGCCCGAUGCCUAUCACAAGAUGCCUCACCCCGGGCCUUUCUGGAACCGUUCCUCGUAGAGGGUCCAGUUUUAGCAGCCGAACAAGAAGCGAGGCCAGUCCAACGCUGGUCACUUAUAUCAGACGAACUCCUAGCAAGACCUCUAGCCGAUAACAUCGAGUUCCAACUGAGGCAAGGUGACGUAUCUCUCAUAUGUUCUAUAAAACAACUGCCCAAGUUCAGUUUAACAGAGGAGGUUGUCGAUCCAAAGAGCAAUAGGUUUAUUCUCCGAUUGAAUUCUGAAACUUCGGUCUGACAUGAGGAGUAUUCAGAUGGACAUAGAUUGGUAUGACAAUUGGGUUUUGUUUAGUUUUCGAUUGAUCGGAGUAAUUUUUUUUAAUUGCACGUUCCUUGGAUUGUACUGAGAAUGUAAUGUAAUUAAAGUUGAGAUGUGUAAAAGAUAGAACAAUUUAAUCUCAACUGAAAUAUCAUAAAAUAUAAUAUAUAUACAGUUAUCUUGUAUGAGUAUA